AUGGAGGGACUACUGGACUUCAAUUACCACUAUGAGCGGUACGAGAGUCUAACAAGUACUGAAGAUGAUUCAGACAAUCAAAGGGAAAAGGAGAAACUAGCGAAUGACUUAAAGAGGGAGAUAAAGAAACUACAAAAGUUCCGAGAACAGAUUAAACAUUGGCUACUGAAUGAUGCAGUCAACACCUUGGGCCCAGUUGGAACAUCGUAUAGUGGGAAACUUUUGGAGAAUAAGAGUACAAUAGAGGAUGCUAUGGAGAUUUACAAAUCGGUUGAGAAGCAAACUAAGCUCAAGACAUUUUCCAACCAGUCUAUUAUGAUGACAUUUAUUGAUAGCGCGAAUGGCGAAGAAGAAGAGGAAGAUAGCGAUGAGUUUGAAAGUAGUGAGGAUGAGGACGAAAGUGAAUACGAUGAUCUUUCACCAGAGGCAGUGGAAUCAAUUAGAUUCUUUAAGGACGCUAUAAGUCAGCUAAAGGAGCAAAUUGAAAAGUCUACUCAUGAGUUUGAUAAGCUAGCGAGCAAAAAAGUGAGAAAAAAUAACUCAUCAACGAUUGAAGCCAAAAAGGAAAAGAUCCAGGCUACAAUUGCAAAUAGCAAAUUUCAUCAAAAGAAAUUGAGAAAGUUGAUUCGAUUGUUGAAGAACGGAAUGGUUAUUGAAUUUAAUCUCAUCUUUGCCUUGAAAGGUGACAUUGAAGAGUACUUGAACACUAAUGGAGACUAUGAGUUUACCAAAGAUACAGAGUUGUAUGACGAUAUCUUUAACCAAAUUGCCGCAGGGGAUGAAGAUUAUUCUGAGAUCCACGACGAUCAAUCCACGCAACCUACCCUGGAGGACAGCAGUGGGACUGUUUUCGACAAAAAUGGACAUGCCACUAAAGCUCUGUCAACAACCCCAACAGCAAAUUCAGCAGCUACAACAACAACAACAACAACCACAACAACAAAUGCACAGUCACAUGGCGGCAAUUCAUCCAGUCAUCUUCAGCAUGGUAAUACAAAACCUUUGUCGUCUCACCAUCAACAACAACCAAACUCCUCAUCCACGGCCGCAGCUUCCGCCAGCGCCAACACUACAACUUCGCUGCUGUCUCAACAAAGCGUACCGCCUCAAUCUAGCCCCGAGAUGGCAUCACCUGCAAUUGUAAGAACUUUGCGUCCAGCUUCAACCCCGUCAAAGCCUGUGGGUGGACUCAAGUGGUCAGCAGCAGCCGCUGUUGGUAUUCCUGAGCCAGCAGAGAAAGCUGUUCCCGAAUCAGAAAAAGAGAAGAGCUCUUCGGUUGAACCUGAGUCCAGCAGCAAUAGCAACAAUAACAAUAACAAUAACAACAAUAACAAUAACAAUAACAGUAACAAUAAUAUCAAUAACAACAGCAAUAAUAACAACAAGAAUAGCAACAAUAACAACAGUAAUAAUACAUCUUCCGCUACUACUGCUGCUAAUGCUUCCACUACAUCCACGGUAGUUAAAGAGGAAAGCAUACCGUACGAACCUUUGGUUCUUGAAGAUCUUGAUGCGGACAAGUACAAGAGCAUAAUAUCCAACUCGCCUUUAUCUAAAACCGAAUUAAAUUUGUUUUCCGAUAUGAAGCUAGUUCGUGUGCCUCCGGGAAUCCAAGAUUUGGCCAUUUCAUUUGCAUCGAAGCGAAAUAAUGAUGAAUUCAAGAUCCUAGUUGACUCCAACGAUUUCAAUCAGUAUACUACUCCAAUCUACAAACCUUACUUGCCUAAUAUAGUUCAACCAAAGUAUUAUUCACAAUUCACCAAUUUCAGCUUCAAGCAUCCAAUGCAAUUAAGCAAAUUUCAAUCCAGUUGGAACAGGGUCAGGGCGUUCUACGGUUUUGAAAGUCUAGUGAAGGAAAUACAGACUUUGACUUUGCAAGAUAGCCCUGAGAGCAAUUCCUUGGUCUCAGAAAUGACAUUUGUGCUAUUUUAUGGUUUUUAUUAUGGUUUAACACCAGCAGAAAAUUUGAUCGCAGAACAUUGCUUAUUUGAACUAGGCUGGAAGCCAUACAAAGCACAGUUAGAUGCAUCAAGCACCAAGAGUAACUCAAUUUCCAGAUCAGCCUCACCCGAUGGUCUGCUCAAAGAUAGUCUGCAAUCUAAUCAAUAUUUUUAUUGGUUCAAGAGGCUAAAACUCAUCUCUCCCGGUGAUCAACAAUUGCAACAGCAGCAACAAAAGCAACAAUUUCCUUUGGAUACAAAUAGAACUUUUCACACCGGAUUUGAAAUCGGAGAUUACCAGGUUUUUGAUUUGAGCUUUUGGGAACUUUUUGUCAAGUAUGGGUAUAAAUUUGAAUACAGUUCUUGUCAAAUGGAACCCUCGCAAAAGCUUUUCUAA